AUGACCCUCAAGACAAUUCUCGAGGGGGAGGAGGUUGAAGAUAUUGAUCAAGAUGAGCUACUGGCACCUCAAGUACCACGUAGAGGUAGAAAUGCCAAUGCAAAUCCGAAUGAGCAAAUCCCAGACCCUCCUCCGCCACCGCCAAGAGUGGCUCCAAGGGUGCCGCCAAAUCAAGGUUAUGCUAGUGCUAUUUCAAUUGAGGAGCCACCGGUGUUGGAGUUGAAACCACUUCCUCCACACCUCAGGUAUGAAUUCUUGGGCUCUAAUUCUACUCUUCCAGUUAUUCUUUCUUCUUGCCUUACUAACUUGCAGGUUGAGGCCACUGUGGAGGUGCUUCAAAAGCGAAAAAGGGCAAUAGGAUGGACUUUGGCGGACAUCAGGGGAAUAAGCCCCGCAUUUUGCAUGCAUAAGAUCAUCUUGGAGGAGGAUGCACGGCCAUCUCUUGAACAUCAAAGGAGACUCAACGAGGUGAUGCAAGAAGUAAAGGGUGGAAUGACGGUAGUGACCAAUGCCAACAAUGAGUUGAUUCCUACUCGGACAGUUACGGGUUGGAGAGUGUGUAUGGACUAUAGAAAGCUGAACAAGGUGACAAGAAAAGAUCAUUUCCCACUACCAUUCUUGGACCAAAUGCUUGAUCGUCUUGCGGGCCGGGCCUUUUAUUGUUUUCUAGAUGGCUACUCGGGGUAUAAUCAAAUUCUCAUUGCCCCGGAGGAUCAGGAGAAGACAACCUUUACAUGUCCUUAUGGCACGUUCGCUUUCUCGAGAAUGCCAUUCGGACUAUGUAAUGCCCCAGCGACCUUCCAAAGAUGUAUGAUGGCAAUUUUCACCGACAUGGUGGAGGAUAUCUUGGAGGUAUUCAUGGACGACUUCAGUGUGGUGGGAGAUUCAUUUGAAGAAUGUUUGGUGAACUUGGAUAGGGUUUUGGCAAGAUGUGAAGAAACCAACCUUGUGCUCAACUGGGAGAAAUGUCACUUUAUGGUGCAAGAGGGAAUUGUAUUGGGUCACAAAAUCUCAAGGCAAGGAAUUGAAGUUGAUAAGGCAAAAAUAGAGGUUAUCUCAAGGCUCCCUCCCCCUACUUCUGUCAAAGGGGUGAGGAGUUUUCUUGGUCAUGCCGGGUUCUACCGGCGAUUCAUUAAAGAUUUUUCAAAAAUUGUGAACCCGCUUUGCAAGUUGUUAGAGAAGGAUGUCAAGUUUAUUUUUGAUGAGAAGUGCAUGGAGUCUUUUGAGCUAUUGAAACACAAGUUGACAACAACUCCUAUAAUCACCGCACCUAAUUGGGAUUUGCCUUUUGAACUUAUGUGCGAUGCGAGUGAUGUAGCGGUUGGGGCGGUGCUAGGCCAAAGGAUCAACAAAAUGUUCCAUCCUGUGUAUUAUGCUAGCAAGACUAUGAAUGAGGCCCAGAGAAACUACACAGUGACAGAAAAGGAGCUAUUGGCUAUUGUGUUCGCGAUGGAGAAAUUUCGACCUUACCUUAUGGGAGCAAAGGUGAUCAUACACACGGACCAUGCAGCCCUUCGGUAUUUGAUGACUAAGAAGGAUUCGAAAGCAAGAUUGAUGAGAUGGGUGCUACUCCUUCAGGAAUUUGAUUUAGAGAUUGUGGAUAGAAAGGGAAGCGAGAAUCAAGUUGCAGACCAUUUGUCCCGAUUAGAGGAAGAUGGGAGACCAAGUGAUGGUAUUGAGAUUAAUGAUAGGUUCCCUGACGAGCAGCUUCUUUCCGUUUCUAUGUGUGAAAUGCCAUGGUUCGCGGACAUCGCCAACUUCAUCGUGGUUAAACAAAGAGGUGGUAAACAAGUUCAACAACCCGGGAGAGGUGGUGCCUCCCGAGGGGGUAAGGGCAAGAAAAUAGCUAAACUCACUCCCCAAGCUCGGGCAAACAUCAAAAAGACCCGGAAACUGCUACGAGCUGCUGAUAGGGCUGCCUCCCACUCUUUGGGGAGUAAGUAUGCACCCUCCCGGAGCAUCUCCUCAGAGGAGGAGGAUGACUCAGAGUAUUUAGCUAAGCUGGCAAUGGGUGAAGAAGUGCGUCCUUGGUUGGCCGACUACUUGGCAGCCUCGGGCACUAUUCCAAAAUGGUUGAAAGCAGGGGAGAAGAUUCUGCGGAACACCUUCAGUUUUGAAGUUAAGGGUUGGUUGACGUUUGGAGCUAGUUUUUUAAAGAAGAUUUCUAGUGUAAUUCGGACCCCUGUCUUUGCUGAUGAGUGCACUACUAAGCAGACUCGAGUAUCCUAUGCUCGAAUGCUUGUUGAAGUUAAUGUAACCAAAGAACUGCCCACUGGGAUCAUGUUUAUGGACCCUUAUGUGAAGAAGUUUCAACAGUCUGUAACUAUGAGUGGAAACUUGCUUACUGUGAUAAAUGUUUGGUUGUGGGAUAUAAAUGUGCUAGAACAGAAUGCUCAAAAGAUUGCAAAAGCUAUUGCAUCUGGUUGGAAUGUGCUAACAAACUACCAAGAUGCACUCAAUGAUAGAAUCUGGAUACUAUGGGAUACCAAUAGCCUAUUGGUUAAUGGUAUUAACUAUGAAGCUCAAAUGAUACACUAUCAGGUAAAAAGUAGAAGAAGUGAUAUUGAUUGCUUACUCACAGUAGUGUAUGGAUACAAUGGUAUUGAACAAAGAAGAACCCUCUGGGAUACUCUGCAACAACUUUCAGUGAGUAUAGCAGUCCCUUGGAUGAUAACUUGGGAUUUUAAUGCAAUGUUAUACUCCAAUGACAGGCUAUCUGGCAACCCAGUAAACUACUCAGAAAUUCAAGACUUUGUUUCUUGCCUUCAUAGCAGUUCACUAACAGAACUACCUUGGAAAGGUGAUUAUUAUACAUGGUCUAACAAGCAACAUGGAUCUGAUAGGGUCAGCAGUAAAGUGCCUUUCAGAUUCUUUAACAUAUGGGCAGAACAUGAUGACUUCUCUCAAGUAGUUACUAGCAUAUGGAGUUCACAUAGUUCACAAGGUAGUUUGAAAUCAGUUAGGGCAAGCUUAAAAGAUCUGAAACCUGCUUUGAAAGCUCUGAAUUCUAAGAAAUUUAGGGGUAUAACUCAGAAAAUUGAGAAGGCUAUACUUGAGCUGAGUGACAUACAAGAAAAAAUUUCACAUGGUUGCAUUGAUACUCUACUUAAUAUGGAGAAAGAAGCUUUGCUGAACCUUGAGAAGUGGUUUUUACUUGAAGAAAGUGUCCUUCAAUAG